AGCCGGCCGGCGGGCGUGCGGGCCGUGCGCCCUGGGCGCGCGAGACGGUGAGGCCCUGGGAGCCCUGCGCGCCGGGACGCACGGGCCGGCAUGGCGAUGCACGCCCUCACCGGCUUCUCUCUGGUCAGCCUGCUCGGCUUCGGCUACCUGUCCUGGGACUGGGCCAAGCCGAGCUUGGUGGCCGACGCGCCUGCGGAGGCCGGCGUGGAGCACCCCUCGGCUGCUCCACCGCAGCCUCCCCACAUCAUAUUCAUCCUCACAGACGACCAGGGCUACCACGACGUGGGCUACCAUGGCUCAGAUAUUGAAACCCCCACGCUGGACCGCCUGGCAGCCGAGGGUGUCAAGUUGGAGAAUUAUUAUAUCCAGCCCAUCUGCACGCCUUCACGGAGCCAACUUCUCACCGGCAGAUACCAGAUCCACACAGGACUUCAGCACUCCAUCAUCCGCCCUCGGCAGCCCAAUUGCCUGCCCCUGGACCAGGUGACACUGCCCCAGAAGCUUCAGGAGCUGGGCUACUCUACCCAUAUGGUGGGCAAGUGGCACCUGGGCUUCUACCGGAAAGAAUGCCUGCCCACGCGCCGGGGCUUUGACACCUUCCUGGGCUCACUCACAGGCAACGUGGACUACUACACCUAUGACAACUGCGAUGGCCCGGGGGUGUGCGGCUUCGACCUGCACGAGGGUGAGAGUGUGGCCUGGGGGCUCAGCGGCCAGUACUCCACUCUGCUCUACGCCCAGCGCGUCAGCCACAUCCUAGCCAGCCACAGCCCCAGGCAGCCCCUCUUCCUCUAUGUGGCCUUCCAGGCGGUCCACACGCCUCUGCAGUCCCCACGCGAGUACCUGUACCGCUACCGCACCAUGGGCAACGUGGCGCGGAGGAAGUACGCGGCCAUGGUGACCUGCAUGGAUGAGGCCGUGCGCAACAUCACCUGGGCCCUCAAGCGCCAUGGUUUCUACAACAACAGUGUCAUCAUCUUCUCCAGUGACAACGGCGGCCAGACCUUCUCCGGGGGCAGCAACUGGCCGCUGAGAGGACGCAAGGGCACUUACUGGGAAGGGGGUGUGCGGGGCCUGGGCUUUGUCCACAGCCCCCUGCUCAAGAGAAAGCGACGGACAAGCCGGGCACUGGUGCACAUCACUGACUGGUACCCGACCCUGGUGGCUCUGGCAGGGGGCACUGCCUCAGCAGCUGAUGGGCUGGACGGUUAUGACGUGUGGCCAGCCAUCAGUGAGGGCCAGGCCUCACCGCGCACGGAGAUUCUGCACAACAUUGACCCACUCUACAACCAUGCCCGGCACGGCUCCCUGGAGGGCGGCUUCGGCAUCUGGAACACCGCCGUGCAGGCCGCCAUCCGCGUGGGCGAGUGGAAGCUGCUGACAGGAGACCCCGGCUAUGGCGACUGGAUCCCACCCCAGACACUGGCUGCCUUCCCUGGCAGUUGGUGGAACCUGGAGCGGAUGGCCAGUGCCCGCCAGGCUGUGUGGCUAUUCAACAUCAGUGCUGACCCCUACGAACGGGAGGACCUUGCUGGCCAGCGGCCGGAUGUGGUCCGAGCCCUGCUGGCCCGCCUGGUGGACUAUAACCGCACAGCUAUCCCUGUGCGAUACCCAGCUGAGAAUCCCCGGGCCCACCCUGACUUUAAUGGGGGUGCAUGGGGGCCUUGGGCCAGUGAUGAGGAAGAUGAAGAGGAGGAGGAAGGCAGGGCUCGAAGCCAGUCCAGGGGGCGACGCAAGAAAAAAUGCAAGAUUUGCAAGCUGAGAUCCUUUUUCCGUAAACUCAACACCAGACUGAUGUCCCAUCGGAUCUGAUGGGCGGGGCUGAGAUACUUCCCCACACAAGCUGGCCCUGUUCCUCACCAGGGAGGGACUCCCGUUCAAGUCCUCCUCUUCAGGGAAAUGGGGGCCGUAGAGUCUCUCAGUUGAAGGGUGGGUAGCUUGGUUUGGGGCUUGGGGGAGAAUAAACAAGACUGGGAUGCCUGGGGUCCCAGUCCUGCCUCUCUGUUGACCUGCUCUGUGACCUUGGGUGACCUGCAGGAGCUCUCUGAGCCUCAUUUUCCUCAUCUGGAGAAUGAGCUUUGAUGACUUUGUCGCUCUGUGGUGCGGAUCUGGUGCCUGGGGCCACAGUGAAGUUCCCACCAACUUUGUCACUGCCUAGCUCACUUAAGGCCUCGCUCUUGAACCCUGGACCUUGGUGGUACUUCCUGGGUGAAGUGCACAACAUCAUCUGGGCCCUCAAGCGCCAUGGUUUCUACAUGGCAGGCUCCAGGCCUGGACCCGAGCCGAGGCAUUAUGAUCUGACCUCUGUCUGAAGCCAUCCCCUGAGUGCUGAGGUUGGAGGUGCAGGGACCUGGGACCUUCCUGGAUCCUCCUGAGGCCUGGGCCAGUCCUGGGGACAGACUGGUGGUGGUGAGCUCCCCUUCCAGGGAGGGAAGGGGAGGACUGGGCCUGACUGUUAGUUGCUGCAGGAUCAAAAGUAGUGGAAACAGCUGUGUGAAGAGCCUUGCACCAACCAGCAGAACAUUUGGGUUCUGCUCUGACCUUGGGCCCAGUCCUCUUCCCUGGGCCUCGAAUUCCACACCUGCACAAGGGGAUGCUAGCCCUGGCUCUGCCUACCUCACAGGCCUGUAGAGAACUGGCCGCAGUCAUGGUUGUAGAGGAACCCGUGAACUUGAUUAAAAAGUAGGAACACAGAA